AUGGAGGUCGUCAGAGUUCCUCAAUCCAUGCCAAUUGUCUUUGCUCUCUUCUUCCUGCUCUUCCAAGCAAGAGAGUUCAGUUGCUGCCAUGAUACAGAGAGGCAGUCGCUCUUGAAGUUCAAAAGAGGAAUCACUGCAGGCCAAUUGUCCUCUUGGGUCGGCAAGGACUGCUGCUUAUGGCCAGGAGUUGGAUGCAAUAAUUCCACUGGACACAUUAUCCACCUGAGCCUCCAAAAUAUCGGAUUGGAAGGCCCCCUUCCUGUAUUCAUGCAUUCAUUUCAUGACCUGAGGUACCUUAAUCUCUCUGGAUUGUAUCUCGAAGGACCAAUCCCUCAUCAACUUAGAAAUCUGUCCAACUUACGAGUCCUUGAUCUCUCAUCCAACUCACUUUUGCUCCUUGACAAUUCGCGGUGGCUUUCGAGGCUUGCUUCCUUGCAGCACCUCGACCUGAGCUAUGUCAGCUUCGCGAGAGGGGUAAAAUGGCUGCAAGCACUGAUAUUAUAUCAGUGCAUUAUUCCAGAUCAUAUCCUCCCCUCUCUUCCUCAUCUCAACUUUACAUCUCUUGCCACACUUGAUCUGUCCUAUACCUAUUUCAAUUCUACUCUUCCUGGGUGGUUGCUCAAUUUGACUAGCUUGGAAUUUCUCUACCUCGGAGGAAACUACUUUUCUAUUCCUUUUCCAGAUGCUAUCGAGAAUAAAGUCUUUCUGAAAGAAGUCGACCUUUCCUAUAAUCAUUUCAUUUAUGGUGACCCUUCAGUGAGAUUAGAGGAGCACUGUCAGCUACAAGUACUUUCUUUAUCCUGGAUGAACAUGACCGGAGACUUAAACCAAUUUAAAGGAAUGUUUAGCGGAUGCAUCAGGGAGAGUUUGAGGAGUCUGGACCUCGGUGGCAACCAAUUGAAUGGCAGUUUGCCGGAAUGGCUAGGAGAAUUCAAGAAUUUGGAGUCUCUUCUCCUCUUCUCAAACUCAUUUUCAGGUCCAGUGCCAACUUCUCUUGGUCGGCUCUCCUCCCUCCAGAACUUAAUGCUCUGGGAUAACCAACUGAAGGGCAGUGUCCCAGAAAGCCUGGGAGGCCUUUCAAGCCUUGCUAACUUGGUUCUUCGAAGCAACUCUUUCAAUGAACAAUAUUGA